AUGUCGCAGGAUACUGGAUUGUUCAGUGUCAAACGACCCCGUGAGACUUUGGGGAGCGUCCAAAACUACUCUGCUUUACCACAGCCUUCGUCGGCCCUAAAGCGCACCAGCUCCAUCGGCUUCCAGAACCCGCCCUUCACGUCGCAGCACACGCGCUCAAUGUCUUUGAUGAAUUCGGCCAGUCGUCCCCAGCAACCUAACUUCCAGCGGUCUUCGUCUGGCGGGGCCUUUGGCGCCGAUGCCGGGUUUUCGACCGUCAGGCGCUCCGUCUCGAGUAAUAUCUUCCACGGCGCCAGCGCCGGACGCCCCAGCUUUGCGCCGGGCUCCCUGUCUUCCAACCCGGCGUCGCAGAACCUCCAGCGACGCAGCAGUGUCUUCUCCAGACCUUCGGUAGGAGGUGCGAUGGGCCAUCAGUCCUUUUUUACUCAAGUACCUUCCGUUGCCGGUGUUCCUAGGGAUCCGAGACCUCUACGCGAUCGGGCUUAUCAAGCGCGGAUUGGGCAGGAGCUGCUGGAAUAUCUCACCCACAACAACUUCGAGCUGGAGAUGAAGCACUCCCUUGGUCAAAACACAUUAAGAUCGCCGACCCAGAAAGAUUUCAACUACAUCUUCCAGUGGCUUUACCAUCGCAUCGAUCCCGGAUAUCGGUUCCAAAAGAGCAUGGAUGCGGAAGUGCCACCAAUCUUGAAGCAGCUGCGCUACCCUUAUGAGAAGGGAAUUACGAAGUCGCAAAUCUCCGCCGUUGGAGGUCAAAACUGGGCCACGUUCCUUGGCAUGCUGCAUUGGCUGAUGCAACUGGCUCAGAUGAUGGAUAGGUUCAUCAUGGGCGAGUACGACGAGGCCUGUGCAGAAGCCGGGGUGGAUGUUUCGGGAGACCGGAUCAUAUUCAGAUUCCUCACUGGGGCCUACCAUGACUGGCUACAGGGAGGGGAGGAUGAAGACGACGAGAUGGCAGAGAAGAGGCUCGUCCCUCAUAUCGAACUUAUGGCCCAGGAAUUCGAAAAGGGUAAUGAGAAGUACGUGCAGGAAAUGCAAGUUCUCGAAGCGGAGAACCGGGCGCUACGUGAUCAGAUUGAGGAACUGGAGAAGAACGCCCCCGAUAUGGCCAAGCUAGACAAGCACUUCCGAAUCCUGGAAGAUGAUAAGAGGAAGUUUGAGGACUACAACCAGAACGUUCAAGGAAAGAUCGAGAAGUACGAGAACCGCAUCAAAUUUUUGGAUGACGAACUCAAAAAGGCCGAGGCGGAUUUACAGGCAGUGGAGGAAGAGCGGUCAAGCCUUCAGGCUAGCGUCGAUAGACAGGGACUCACGAUCCAGGAUAUUGAUCGGAUGAACACGGAGCGCGAACGACUGCAAAAGAGUCUCGACGACACGAUUGGGCGACUGGAAGAAACGCACGCGCGAGUGAUGGCCAAGGAGGCUGAGACGAGCAAGAAGCUGGAGGACCUAGAGGAGAUCGUCAAGGCAUACAACACCUUGGGCUACCAGAACAGUUUGAUUCCCGCUUCCGCUGUCAAUGCGAAAGGCGAAGAGUACGAACUGAGCCUCAAUGUGAAUGAGACGAACUUUUCUGCGUCGCAAAUCGGCGGGGCCCCGAACCGCAUAUCACCAGAAGGCGAUCGACUGCUCGCCGAACCCUUCACAGGGUAUCAUCCCGCUCACUUACUGAAUCUCGAUUUGCGUGGCCAAAUCCGGAGCAACCUCCAAGCCCUUCGCAAAGAAAUUAACGAACGAAGAAAGCAAGCCAUCGACGCUGACUUGGAACGGCGGAAUCUCUUGGACAACAUCAAGGAGGCCAUGGACGAGAAGCGGAGCGAGGUGGAAGCAUUGGAGCACCGGCGACGCGCUGCGGAAGAGGAGUUCGAACGGAUGAAGGAAAUCACCACCACCCAGAAACACGCCUCAGACGCGCAGAUUGAGAAGAUGGAGAAGGAGCUGGCGAAGAUGCGCGACACGUUGAGCGAAAGUGUUCAGCUGAUGGAACAGCGCGAAAUGAACACGAACAUCGAGUACGAACAACUGACGCUGCGAGCCAACGCGCUGCGAGAGGAGCUCCAUACGAACGUGGAGAGCAUGUUGAAUGACGUGAUCCGCUUCAAGGUCCAUAUCCAGAAGGGUCUGGAAGACUACGAGAGUUUCGUUGUCGAUGAGGUGGAGCAGGAGCUUGGGAGGCGACGCCGACCCUAUGGAUGCGGAUGCGCCUCUCGAGGGUUAAAGCUGCGCGGCGUACUCUUCAGGGAGGGUAGGUUUGAUGAUUGA